AUGGGCGGCAGUGGUGAUGGGGGAGGUCACGUGGGCGGCGGCUUCCCAGUCGGGGGGGGCCCACCAAGCACCUGCACCGUCCAAACACAGGGCCGCCGCGGGACGUUGGACUGGACCAAGCAAAGUGUCGGCCACCGUGGCAGUCAGUGGCAGCUGUCGUUGUCUAGGGAGGCGAUGGAUGAUGGAUGGGUCUGCAUGCACAAGGGCUGCCCAUGGGCCAUUCGGGAGGGGGGGCACUUGGGUAGCAGUAGGAAGCCUGCGCCGCUGCUGGUCGCGUUUGUAGCCAGCCCGCCACCAGGACUGCGAUUCCUGUUCCGAUCUGCGAUUCAGAGCAGUGACCAGGGUCGCGCUCAAGCGGCAUCCGCCCCCAGUUGCCAGUGGGUAGUUGACGGCCUGCCCGCACCAAAGCAGCCAAAGCAGCCGUCCAGAGAAAUACUUGACCACUCCCGCCGUUUCAUUCCCAAUCCCGUUCGUCCCUUUCCUUCUCAAGACAGCUCGCGGGCUAUACCUAACACCUCGACGCUGCACCACUCUUUUCUGUCCCUGCGUGUCCGCGCCUGGCAUACCGCGGCCCAGCUCCCCCCCCCACAGCGAAAAGGCAGGGUCACGAGAACCACACGCGCCCACCCAUUCUACACUGUUGCCCUCGCUCCACACACCCAUCCACCACCACCACCUCCAUCUCCUCAACGGCGCGCGUGA